AAUGUAACAGGCAAAAGGCUGAAAACCCUCGGGUCCAGUCGCGGCUCCUUUAAGAAGGGGCGGGACCUCGCGGUGAGCCGCGGGGGGCGGAGACCUGGCGAAGACCGGAAAGUGCCGGCACGUUUCCGGGCUCUGCCGCCGGAAGCGGAAGUGGUGGCGCUGCCUUAGGGUGGCUGGUACCAAUCCAGAGAUGGGCUCCAAGGCCAAGAAGCGGGUGGUGCUGCCCACCCGCCCCGCGCCCCCUACGGUGGAGCAGAUCCUGGAGGACGUGAGGGGGGCAUCGGCCCAUGACCCAGUCUUCACCGCGUUGGCCCCGGAAGAUCCCCCAGCAGCCCCCAGGAACCCUGAGGACCCUGAGGCUGAGUGGGAGCGGCUGUACCAGCAGGGCCAGGCCUAUGUGGCCACCAAUCAGCAGCUGCAGCAGGCGGGGGACCAGCUGAGGCAGAAGUGCCAGGACCUGCGCCACGCCGGUGAGGAGCUGGAGCGGGACGUCAGCCAAGUGACACAGGCUGCGCUGCCGGGGACCUCGGCCACCUCGGGCUGACGGGGAGCCUUGCAUCUCCACCUUGGAAGCUCCAGGUCCUCACGUCCUCCUGUGACACUGCCGGCUCCUGGCCCCACAGGCCUCCAGGGAGAUGCCACAUGGGCUCCCAGCUCUGCAGCACUUGGUGUCCCCUCGGUGAGGGGUGAGCUGGAGCCUUCAGGCCCCCCCUUUCCUGCAGGCAGCUGCAGGCUGGCAGGGCUUUUUGCGUAAACAAGUGGGAUUCAGGCCUUGGCGAUCCGGACAGCCAGUGCCUUCCUGACUCGGUCCUGCCAGGGGCAGGGACAGGAUGACCACCUCACCCAGGGCCCCAAGCCCAGGGCCUGCUGUCCUUUCCUGUCCAGACCCAGCUCCCAAGAGACCAGCCUUCGUUUCUGGGACCUUAAAAAUGUUUGUCAGGAAGGUGUAACAGCACACACCUGUCAUCCCAGCACUCAGCAGGCUGAGGCAGGAGGAACUCCAGAAAGUCUCAAAACACAAUUUUAGAAAUAGGUGUUUGACUGAAAUGGGGGUAUUGUUUAAGCCUGUGAGAACCACCUUGAACUAAAAGCUGGAUCCUGGGGGAUCCAGCCUUAAACCUUCAAGGGCUUGCCCUGGUUUCCUACCCCAGAGCUUUGCUGCCAUCUGGGGAGCUGCCCCUUAGCACCUCACUCUGCCUGUGUCCCUGGGCUAGCCUGUGCUCUCUGACAUGCGGCCACCUCAGGUCCACUGUGUCGGUUUUGAUCUCAGCAGAUGGGCUUGUGUGGGACCCAGGGCCCCCAGCACGUACUUCCUGAGAGUUGGCGGCUGGGGCUGGCAGCCCCCCCCCCCAGGAGCCACAGGCCAUCCUGGGUACCUUGGCUUCCCACCUGUCCUCACCCUAACUUGAAAUCGGGCCCAGGAAUAAAGCUUAGUGGCCUGGUGCCUGCCUGGCUA